CCCGGAUAGAAAGUCGGAGUCAACUUCAAUUCCACUCGAAAAAUCAGAUGUUAUUAAUAUUUUAAGGGAGGACGACAUGAUACUUUGCUUUCAAGCACUGUUUGAAAACGACGGAGUGGAUAUGGAGCCCGGGAUAGGUGUAACACAGCCGCCCCCUGAAGAUAUACCCUGAAAAUAACAUCCACUAGUCCUCUUUGGGGCUGAUCUGGCGGGGCUCGAUCUUAAAACUGUCACUAAAAUGACCUGGCAUCCUUUUUCCCUUGCAGCAGUCUUCAAUUCAACCAAAGAUUCCAAAUAUCGAGAAGAGUUCCCCUCUCUGGUGAAGCCGGCCAAAUACCCACCAUGGCACCUGCCUACUUGACCGGUACAUGCCUCUGCAAAAGCAUAGCAUACCGCAUCACGCUGCCCACUCCAGAGCCCUUGCCCAAGAUAAUCCUCUGUCACUGCAUAAACUGCAAACGCUACACCGGCUCCGGCUUCUCUGUCAACAUCAUCGUUCCACGAUCCAGCUUCAAGUACACCCAGGGUUCCCCCAAGCUGUACUUAGAUGGCAGCGAUAAAGGAGGUGUAUUAUAUCGCGAAUUCUGCCCUGACUGUGGUACGCCGUUUACAUCGCGGUCUGAUGAUGAUGAAGACGAGGUUGCGGUGAAGUCGGGGACUUUGAAUGAUGAGGAUCGGGAGAGGUGUGUGGAGUUGGGGAUGGAGAUUUAUUGUCAUCGGAAGGAUGGGUGGGUUGAUGGGAUUGGGGGCGAGGGGGUGAGGAAGGUGAAUGGGAGUAUGGAUGGGUAGAGGGAGAAUCUGGCUGGUUUUUUACUGCCGAGAGGGGAGAUAGACUUUAAGAUUGGAAGUAAGAAGAGUGAAGUGUGUAGUUCGGGGUAGAGCAGUGAUGAAAGACAGAUAAAAUCUCCGCUAUGUUAUGGUAUUCUGUAAGACUAUAGUCCUGUGCUAAUACAACAUCAGCUAAUCAGUAUCGACAUCUCCCAGUCGGACUGAGAACCAUGCA